UUAUAGUCUGCGAACAUAAAACUUAUUGAUUGAAUUCUCAGAGUACCUACUUUGUUAUAUUAUUUUGUUGAUAAAAUGAAAGCCGUAUUGAUUUUUGAUAAUGUUAAUGAUUUAUUAUUUUCUAAAUGGGAUGAGGAGUUUCUAUUGCGAAUGAAAUCUUUUGGUGGUCAAGAAAUAGAUGGAAAUAUUACAGAUAACUACCACAUCUCGCAGUUAUUGAGCCCUAUUAUAACAUCACAACGCAUAAUGGCAGCCCAAUUCAGCAACACAUACACUUCGAUGCAAUGUAAGGAUAAUACUACUAUAGUGUUUGACGAAUGGCUGGAUCAUGUCCUAAUGAUCAUAUGUGAGGAGGACUUAGAUGACGCUCACCGAGAGCUGAUGGACUGCAAAACACUAGUCCAACAUGUUUGUGGACAGAAUAUCAAUCUUUUACAUUCAGUAACCUAUCAGGACUGGUUGUCAGUGCUGCUAGAGAGCAGAACCAAGGGUGACUCCAUUCCGGGCGCCAGUGGAGUGAUCGGGGAGAGCGGAGCUACAUUGGCCGCACUCAAUGCAUUGAAGUCUGCUAGUAAAGAGAUCAAAUGUGGCUCGUACCAACAUUACCACCUUAUGCUCUUCGUUGGCGAUAAGAUGCUUGCAUUAUAUUCUACUCGUGGCUGCGAAGACCUCAUGCCCCCUGAUCUGAUACUGCUGAGUAUACAGUGUGUGGCCGCACAAGAGUAUUGGACGGAACUGAGACAGUUAGAGGAGGAAGACAAAGCAAGCAGCAAUGUUCGCUUGCCAUGGUUGUCAGCAGAGAACAGCGCUAUAGUGAACAUGUGCGCGAGCGGCACGGGCAGCCCGUGCGCGCCGCACUCGCUGCAUUUAGUCGAGUUGGCGCCGCGCAUCGUAUUCGCUAUGCUCGUUGAUAUGGAACUCAGGGAAAUUGGUAUAUCGGCUCACCUGUCCAGCCAAAUCCUGUGUAAUUUAAGGAGGCUGCUUUUACAAAGGAAUAUGGAAAUGGUGCCAACUACACUAGAUUCACUGGAACAAGCUAUUAAAAAGACUACAGACGCACUCCGCAAGAACAAAUCCAACAGCGCCCUCUGUUCUCGGCUCACCAGCAGACUGCUGGAGUUACGCAAGGCAGCCGCGGGCGGGGCUUCGCCCCUGUCCCCCGACACCGCCGCCGCAGCCCUACACACCGCCCUCGAUGCUGUGCUAGAACAGCUCAAACCUGAUAUACCGAGUCCCAAGCUCAAUCUGACCGAGUUGAAGACCCAACUGUCACCGUAUCUUGACUUCUUGAAACUGAAAGCAGAGAGAUAUUUCAAUCUUGAAUCUGGUGAGUCGGACGUGGGCAGCUCGAUAUCCCUGCACAAGUACGUGGAGGAGUUCCCCGGCCUCAUACACUUCGUGUACGUCGACCGCACUACGGGCCGCUUCCUAGCGCCAGACAUGGCAGAUUGCGUCGACAUGCUCACACCUAGCACGGUGCGUGCGGUGAUACGGCGUUCGCUAGCAGCCUUACGCGGCGGCUGCGGCGCGGCAGCGUGGCGUCGCGGCGCGUUGCACGUGUGCGCGUUACAGUGGUGGGAGCGGCGCGGCGCCCCCGCCCGCUCCGCGCACACCCCCGCCGCUGCCCGCGCCCUGCCCCCGCCCGGGGAUAUACGAGGGAGCUUCUACAGACAACUGCAAGAGCUGGCGUUUCCCAACGACAGUCAAGGUGUAAGUCUCAAGGAGCUCAUCUGUAUACAUCUGGGGCUCCUACCAGCGUCUACGGCGGUGCAGCAGGCUCGCAGAUUGGCACAUUCCGUGUACGAGUUAGCCGGGGAAAACCCCGCCGUAGCUAAUGAUCUACUGUGAUUGAACUAAAAUCUGGUAUUCGAUGAAUAUUCCGUUGCGGUAAUAAAUGUAAGCAUAUUUCAUUUAAGUAGAUAUAAGUUAAUAGUUAUAAUCUUAGGUUCACUUGGAUAGCCGAUUUCAAAAUCAUAGAAUAUUUCCAUUAUAUUCUACCCAUAACCCAGAUCUUCGCGAGUGGUUUAAAUACUGAAAUUGGCAGCUGCAUCUAUACAGGGUUUAACAAAAAUAAGUGAUAAUA